AUGGGAGAAUACGCCGAUGUAGACAAAUGGAUCGAAACGCUCAGGCAAUGUAAGCCACUCUCCGAAGCCAAUGUCAAAGGGCUGUGCGACAAGGCGCGAGAAAUUUUGCAAGAUGAGUCGAAUGUGCAGCCUGUGCGCUGCCCCGUGACCGUGUGCGGUGACGUUCACGGCCAAUUCCAUGAUUUGAUGGAGCUGUUCAAGAUUGGAGGUGAAGUUCCCUCCACCAACUACCUCUUCAUGGGCGACUACGUCGACCGUGGUUACUACUCAGUUGAAACCGUCUCCCUUCUUGUAGCUCUCAAGGUGAGGUACCCCCACCGCAUCACCAUCCUCCGCGGUAACCAUGAAAGUCGACAAAUCACCCAAGUGUAUGGGUUCUAUGACGAGUGCCUUCGCAAGUACGGGAGCGCCAACGUGUGGAAGUUCUUCACGGACCUCUUCGACUACCUCCCGCUCACCGCUCUCAUUGAGCAACAAAUUUUCUGCCUCCACGGCGGCCUUUCGCCCUCCAUCGAUACUCUCGACCACGUCCGUCAGCUCGACCGAAUCCAAGAGGUGCCCCACGAAGGCCCCAUGUGCGACCUCCUCUGGUCCGACCCCGACGACAGGACCGGCUGGGGUGUCUCCCCGCGAGGAGCCGGCUACACUUUCGGGCAGGACAUUUCCGAGCAGUUCAAUCACAACAACGGCCUCAACCUCGUCGCCCGCGCUCAUCAACUCGUCAUGGAAGGCUACAACUGGUGCCACGAGCAGAACGUCGUGACCAUCUUCUCCGCUCCCAACUACUGCUACCGCUGUGGCAACCAAGCCGCUAUCAUGGAGCUUGACGAACACAUGAAGCACAUGUUACUCCUCCCCAACAACAGCCUCCAGUUCGACCCAGCGCCCAGGCGGGGAGAGCCCCACGUCACGCGGAGGACACCAGACUACUUCCUCUGA